AUGUCGGGGUACAAGUACGACGAUGAGGGCGGGCAGUUUUAUACGUUCGCCCUCACGGCGGUGAUCGCUUUCAUGGUGCCAUACACGUACCGCACACUCUUUUCUCGCCAGAAAACCGCGGCCCACGGAUGGCUCGACCAGCUCGGGCACAAGACACAGGUCGCCAAGUCGUUGAUGCGCACGUCGCCUUACUCGACACUAUUUCGUGCCUUUGUACUGAUUGCGGGAUGGGCAGCAGUGGCGUACCUCACGCGCUGCAUCGCGACCACGUCCUCGACCUCGAUGCACGCCGUCUACGAUCCUUUCCAGAUCCUCGGAAUUGCGGCGUCGGCGACCGAGAAGGAGAUCAGGCGCCGCUACCGCAAGCUCAGUGUCCAGUUCCACCCGGAUAAACUGCGCAAUGUCGCGAACCAAACCAAGGAGGAGAUCGACGCUCACUACAUCGAGCUCACCAAGGCCUACAAGUCGCUCACUGACGAGACCACCAGGAAGAACCUCGAGCUGUACGGCCACCCAGACGGCCGUCAGGAAAUGUCGCUGGGUAUCGCGCUGCCGACAUGGAUCGUCGAGAGCCAAAACAACGUGUGGGUGCUGAGCGCCUACGGCCUGAUCCUCGGUAUCGGCCUGCCGCUGCUCGUGGCCCGCUGGUGGUAUGGCACGCGCUCGCGCACCAAGGACGGCGUCCUGAACAGUACGGCACUGGGCUUCUUUUCGAAGCUCAAGAAGGAAAUGGGCGCGGCGGACAUCUUUCAGCUCCUCGGCCAGACCGAAGAACUCACGGCCUACGCUUCCGAGCUGCAGGCCGCCGACGAAGCCGCGUACGCCGCGCUGGAGCAAGAGACGCUCGCGGUGUACAAGCGCCUGCACGGCUCGGACCUCGUUACGGACGAGCCAAAGGAGGUGCGCCGCGCCUUGGUGCUCCUCGCCGCGUAUCUGCACCGCAUUUCCUCGUCGAGCAGCCGCGUCGAGCAGGUGAAAUACGCCGUGGGCCGGUACACCGACAAGCUCCUCACGAGCUUGCUCGCGAUGAGCACGGCGCACAAGCGCCUUGCGCAGACCUCGACGAUCCGCGACAUGAUUCCGUGCGGCGUGCAGGCGGUGCCGAUGCAGGGCGGUAGCCUUGCCGAGGUCCUGCAGCUGCCGCACAUGACGCUGCCUCUCGCCGAGGCGCUGCUCGAGCACGAGGCGGUGUCGUCCAAGGGCCUCCAGGGUCUGUGGAAGGUGCCGGAUGCGGAGCGCCGCAAGGUCCUGGUGGGCGACGGCAAGAUGUCCGAAGCGGCGUACGCCGAGUGCAUCAAGGCGCUCGGCGAGUGGCCGCGCAUCGAGCUGGUCGACACCUACUUUACCGUGAUCGGCGAGGAGAAUGUCACGACCGAGGCGCUGAUGCAGGUCGUCGUCAAGGUGCGCCUCUUGCCGCUCAAGCGCGACGGCUCGCUCCUGCGCUCGGGCCGCCGCCUGGACGCCAAGGACAAGGCCAAGGCGAGCCAUGUGCGCCCGGGCACGGACGAGUUUGCCAAGGACCCCACGUCCGACGUGCAGAGCGGCAAGCAGCCGAUGGGCGUGGCGUACGCGCCGUACUUUGCCGAGGAGCGCAAGCCGCACUGGUUCAUCCAGAUGGGCGACCACAAAAACGACCACCUGAUCAUUGCGCCGACCAAGUUUACGGACCUCGGCACGAGCGAGCUGCGUACGGUGCGCAUCAACGUGCAGGCGCCGCCGGAGCCGGGUGUGUUUACGUUCAUGCUCGAAGUCAAGUCGGACUCGUACCUCGGCUCGGACGCCUCGCAGCUGCUCAAGCUCCGUGUGGAAGAGGCGCCGGCGCUGACCGAGGCGGACGAGGACUACAUCUCGGACCCUGAGGAGGACAGUAUCGCGGGACAGAUGGCGCUCAUGCGCGGCGAGCGUGUGAAGCCGUCGGUCGUCUAUGCCGAGGACGGCGAGGAAGAGGACGACGACGAGGACGAGGACGACGAGGAUGACGACGACGAGGAUGACGACUCGGACGACGACUCAGACUCUGAUAGCGACUCGGACUAG